AUGGAAGACACACCUCCGCCCCGAGGAGGAGUAGCAGCGUCGUCAUCCAGAGCCUCACAGAUGUCAUCCUUCUCGUUACCUGUUCCUGGAUCCCCCUCAUCCAGUCUUGCAGCCUACAAAUCCCGGAUUAGGGCCGCCUUCAUUGGCGCCAACCCUCGAGUCUGUGUAGCCUUUUGGCUAUUUGGUUGCAUCAACAAUGUCCUAUAUGUCAUCAUCCUCUCAGCAGCUCUUGAUCUCGUUGGUCCCAGUCUACCAAAGGCCAUAGUUCUCCUCGCAGAUGUCGGACCCUCUUUUAUCACCAAGUUGACAGCUCCCUACUACAUCCACCUAAUCCCAUACCGGAUUCGGAUCCCGAUACUCGUCAUGCUCGCCUUCGUGGGUAUGCAAAUCGUUGCGUGGGGUGAAUCGCUCCCAGCUAGGCUCUUUGGUGUUGUUCUAGCAUCCAUUUCGUCUGGCGGAGGGGAGCUAUCAUUUCUGGGCCUUACACAUUUCUACGGUCGGUUCGCUGUGCCUUUCUGGUCCUCUGGCACAGGCGCUGCAGGAUUGCUGGGCGCAGGGCUGUAUGUUUUCGCGACAAGCUGGGCCGGAUGGGGUAUAAGGGAAAGUUUGAUGGCAUUUGGGUUUCUACCGAUCGUCAUGCUUCUCGCAUUCUUUAUGAUUCUACCACUAGAUAGGAUCAAAGGCCAGAAAUGGGACGGAUAUGAACCGAUUGUUGAGGGUGCUGAUGUUGCUAUGGAUGGCGAAGAGAUUCGCAUUGCUCAAGAAACGGAUGAUGCUGAUGGUGCGCUGUUAGCGACAGUCCAUUCUGCUAGUGGGCAUGUUUUUUCUGCUGUGAAUAGCCCUCAUGAAGAGAAAGGUUUAUUAGACCAUGCAACGGCAGCAUGGCAGGGCUUUAGAGCCAACUUUGAGAAGACGAAACAUCUAUUCUUUCCCUAUAUGCUACCUCUUCUUCUUGUCUACAUUGCCGAGUACACCAUCAAUCUAGGUGUCGCGCCUACGCUUCUUUUCCCACUUGCUGAAAUGCCAUUCAAGGCGUACCGUGAUGCCUACCCAAUGUACAAUACGAUUUAUCAGACAGGCGUCUUUAUCUCCCGAUCCUCGACUCCAUUUAUACGCUUUCGCAAGCUCUAUCCGCCCGCACUUCUACAAUGUGUGAACCUUGUCUUUUGGUACUACAUGCAAUGUACAACUUCAUCCCUAACAUAUGGCUUGUGUUUCUGGUCAUAUUUUGGGAAGGACUGCUAG